AUGGCGACGCCCCCUGUACCCGUGCAGGUCUCCCAGAAGGACCUCCCUCGCGUGCUCGCCGUGCUGGUGCUCGGCUACGCAGCCGUCUCGUGGCUGGUGCUUCGUAUGGACGACUACUUCGCCGCGGACGAGCAGGGCGAGAGCUUCAGCUUCCCGAAGGUAGGGGCUUUCGUCGCCAUCUACACGACGCUGAUGGCGAUCUCCCGCUUCUACGAGCACGGUACGGUGGACUGGGGCGAGAAUGGGAGGAAUGGCUGCGUACUCAUGGAGUUAUUCUUCACAGGAACCUACGUCCUCUAUGAGAUGCUGUGGGCGUGCAAUGUGUCACUGGUGCUCGUGGUCAUGGCGCUGUACUUCUCCAAGCCGUUCCUAGUCGGCGUGGCGAUGGUGACGGUGUCGGGCGAUCAGCUGCUGUGGUACAUCGACACUCUGUCGUUCAUUCUCAACGGCAAGUUUAUCACGGGCGCCAUGAAGUACCUCACGUACCCUGAAAACCGCUCGUUCUCCAAGACAUUCUUCGCGACCCAUCACCUCUGGUUCCUGCCUGUGUGCCUUUACAUCACUACUGGCCACGGCGGCAUGCACGGUUCGAGCUUCGUGGGCUCGAUCAUUUUGACCACGUUCUUGGCUGCGUACUGCCGUGCUUUCACGCCCUUCGAAGUGCGUGUGCCCGGCAGCGACCACGUCAUUUACCUUAACGUGAACGGCGGCUACGAGUUCUGGAAGGACAUCAAGAUCCCGCUGCUCCACCUACUCGACCACCAACACCCAGCGCUGUACCUACCGUACCUGGCAAUCGUCGGAAACCUCGUCGCCAAUGGGUUCCCUCACAUGCUGGUGCUAGGUGUUGCUCUCGGACUUCAGUUUAAUCCCUUGCUUGAGGGGAUCACGCACUGA